UGCUCUAAUUCGUAUCAUAGACGAAAAUAGAUUCGAACCGUUGAGGAUGUACCUUUGUGGAAAAUGGAACCUAACAAAAUAAAUCAACGGCCGAGAUUCUCCUAAUGCUAAUCCAAUCUCAGGGCAUGACCAACAUCUCUCUCGCAAUUUUCUUUCAAUUUUCAAUUUCAAAACCCCUCUUUGUCUGCAUUCCAAUUUUUGGGAAUUCCAAUUUAUUGUUUCCAUCGAGCAGUUUUCCCUCUUCCGUCCGUUAGUUGUAGUGUGUAUUCCCGAUGUCCAUUGUUACAUAGUCUCCGGAAGAAUUCCCCCUUUUAUCAGGUACUACUAUUACUUUCGAAUUUGAUCGUUUUUUUGUGUAUUUUUGGAUGAUCGUAGUUAAACUAGGGCUUUUGAUCGCUAUGAUAUACUGACCGCGUGUAAUGGGGGAUAUUUGAUUUCUAUCGGGGACUCAUUAGGGUUUAAAGCUCGUCUAAUUUUUGGUACGGGAGGUUCUAUCGUUUGAUAUUUUGUGAUUUACGAACGCGAAUUCUUGAAUUUUCAAUUAGUUAGUGUGGACAUUAGUAAAAUUCCGUUUGAGAUUAGAUUGUAUUUUGUGGUCGAUGCUGAGAUUUUGUUUAUAAGCUAUGCAUGAAGUGUUUUACUCAUAGCGGAUUAUACGUUUAAUAAGUUAGUUUUUUCUGCUGAAGUCUGGAAUUGUGUGUUGAGAUAGUGCCUAACUAAACCCAGGAAACACGUUGUUUGCGUGGGCUACUCAUGGAUACAACUCACUUUUUAGCUUUAAAUUUAUUCAAUUCCUGUACAUUUUUUUUGCUCUUCCUGUAUUUUUUUUUUCUAUGCUCGCAGUAGGAUGAGUAGAAUAUCCGUAGGUCAUUUGCGUCCUAGACCUCGCUCGGUAACGGAAAAUUUGAGAAGAUGCAGGAAUAACGACAAAGCUGAUAAAGUUAUACUGAUAGACGUUGAUUCUGAAAUUAGUGACAAUGUUGUUAUCCUUGACACUCCUGAAUCUUUGCCAAAAAGAAAUAAAGAGUCGGGCAUGCUCAAGAAAGAUGAGAAGUGGUCAUUCAAGAAUGUAAUAAACAUUGAUGAUGAUGACGAUGAUGUACCUGAUAGUAGCUAUCAGUUUGGUGCAAACAAUGUUGGUUUCUCUGCAAGCACCUCUUUAAAUAGAGAAAAUUUUUGUGUAGCUGAGGAUUUUGCAGAUUUCACAGAUCCUUCUGACGAAGACUGCCAAAAUGUUCAAGACAGUGCUACACCAGUUAAGUUAUCAAAAUGCAAGCGCACGUAUUCUGGGAAAGAUUCCACAAAUAACCGCUAUGGUUUGGAUACUGAUUCAGAGUGCGAGUUAUCUGGGAAUGAAUAUCCUGACUGUGAAGUAGUGGAAGAUUUUUCCGGUAAGUUUCAAGAGUUGUGGGAAAGAGCUGUCUCCAGGAGAAAGAAAGAUGUUCAUUCAGGUAUUAGGGGUCAUGAUAGUACAACAAGCUGUACUGACAAGGACCUCCAAAACGCUGAAUCAGGAGUAGCAACCAGGCAUCAUGAUGAGCCCUCAGUUUCUCACACUACUGGGAAGUCCAAUAACAGAAACUAUGGUUCUUCCCCAGGUAGAAUAGAAACGGAUUUUGGUUUCACCCAUUUUUCUGAUAAUGCUGUAAAUGAUCAAGAAUGCCGUGCACAUGGGAAAUCUAAAUCACAAGUGAAAUUCCGUCCUUCACUCCAUUACCCGGAUUGUGAACCAGGAAGUUCCAGCCAGCACAUUGAAAGAAUGAAAGAUCCAGCUUCAUCUAACUCUUCUUUCCAAGAGGAGCCAAAUGAGAAAUUCAAUAUUCUUACAUCUACUGCUGGGAACAAGGUAAAUUCUAAAGAGGAAAAUGAAGAUGGUCAGGUGCACAUGAGUAUCGUAUGCAGUUUGCCUCCUGAGGAUGACUGUUUAAUUAGUGAACGUGAAAAGCUCAAGGAAACAGAUGAAUACAAAAGGGCAAUGGAGGAAGAAUGGGCUUCCCGACAGCAAGCACUGCAGAUCCAGGCCGAAGAAGCGCAACGUGAACGUCGAUUGCGGAAGAGAAAAAAAGCUGAAAGCAUGCGUAUGCUGGAAAUGGAAAGAAGACAGAAGCAACGCUUAGAGGAAAUGCGGAGUAUUAAGCAGAAGGAUGAGGAAAAUAUGAACUUGAAAGAUACAAUUCGCGCUGAAGUCCGAAAUCAGCUGAAGCAAAUUGAAGUUGGGUGCCAAAAUAUGGCUUCGCUAUUGCAUUUGUUGGGAAUCAUGGUAGGGAGUUGGCCAAAUCCAUCCCCACAAGAGGUACAUGCAGCUUACAAAAAAGCCUUGCUGACCUUUCAUCCAGAUCGAGCCUCACGAUCUGAUAUCCACAAGCUGGUUGAAGCUGAAGAAAAGUUCAAGUUUAUUAAUCGCAUGAAGGAGAAAUUCCCUCCUCCUUUGUGACAGUUGAUUGAGUUGUAGUCUUGUUAAGAUUUUAGCAGUCAAUCUUCUUACAAGGUGGAAAAAAAUAUCAUUGAUAGUUGAGAUUAAUAUCGUCUUGCAUCCUCAGCUGAUCUUUUUCCGUAUAUAAUAAUUUUCCCGUUAUAAUUUUGUGAGCAAGUCAGUUAUGCCUGGAUUAUGUAGUGUAAAAUAGAAGUACUAGUUGUUUUGAUUAUUUUUGCCUUGUA